AUGGCCAAUCCAAUCUCAGCAGCGUAUCAUGGCAAAGAUAAACAUGGCCGUAAGACAGGUGUUCAGACUGUCUCCAAGCCCGGUGGAGAGCUCUGUAUUCGCUGGCCUGCCAAGAACCAUGCUAUUCCUAGUGAGAAGAACCAACCUGUAACAGUUGCUUUGUCCAAGAUGAAUCCUCAGAAGGACCUUACACAGCUUCAGUUUUUGGAUAAUAUUAUUGCAGAACUCAACUACAAGAAUUGCACCGACAAGGGCAAGGAUACCGAUAUUUGGCCUUGUGGUUGUUGUUUUAAAUUGCCUACAAAGCUGAAACCCGGAAACGUUGUUAUGCAGUGGCGCUGGAAGCUUAACAGCAACGAGUUCUUUACCUCCUGUGCUGAUAUUAAUAUUGAGGGACCUUCCAUCACUGCUCCAACUGUGGGUAUCCCUUCCAAGACCACCUCCACCUUUCACACCCCCUCUUCAGCCCCUUCAGCCUCUCACACUCCCUCUUCAGCAUCUUCAGCUCCUUCAGCCUCUCACACUCCAACUUCAGCGUCUUCAGCUCCUUCGGCCUCUCAAGCUCCAACUUCAACGUCUUCAGCUCCUUCAGCCUCUCCCACUUCCACUUCAGCCUCCCCCAUUGCCAUUUCAUUCUAG